CCCUGGUAGCCCAUGUUGAACUGAACGGGCUUCUCAGUUAUAAGACGAGACCUAUGGAAAAGCCCAUGAGAAUAAGAACGAGGAAAGCGAACGAAACCCCUGUCGGGUUUUGCAGAAUCUGGAAAAAUGGGGAUGGAGAACUCAGCCGAGGCAGAGCAGACUGCCGUCGAUACCACCUCGCCGGAGAAUAUUGAAGCCUUGCUUGAGGCUGCUAGAUAUGGUGACAUUGAUGAUCUCACAAUCUUAGUCUCAACUGGUAUUUCUCUCAAUUUGAAGGACACAUUGGGUCGAACAGCACUACAUAUGGCUUGUGCUAAUGGAUAUCUUGACAUCGUGGAAUACCUAAUCAGUAAAAGAGUGGAACUCAAUCCUACUAAUGCGGAGAACAACACACCUUUACACUGGGCUUGCCUUAAUGGGCAUGUUGAGGUGGUUAAGAAAUUGAUCUUGGCUGGAGCUAGCGUAAGUGCACUUAAUAGCUAUGAAAGAACCCCAAUGGAUGAAGCAGUGAGUAAUGGUAAGAUGGAUGUUAUUGAUGCCAUCAAUACUGCGGUUGCACAACUAGAACUUGCUGGCAUCAGUGUAUCCUAAUCAUGUAUAGAUGUAUGUGUUCACUUCAAUCACAAGUUUUGUUCGAACUAAUGAGAGAGCUAGUAAUGCCAUUAGACUAUUAUUUGUUGGAAA